CUGCUCUGGUCCGCACAUGGGAGCGGGGCUGGGGGAGCCGCGGGUUCGAGGCUGCGCUCGGCUCCGUUGCGCUCCGCUGCCCGCCCGCCCGCCAUGGCCCGGCGCAGCGCGCUCUCCAUCCGCAUCGUGGAGGGCAAGAACCUGCCCGCCAAGGACAUCACAGGGAGCAGCGACCCGUACUGCAUCGUGAAGAUCGACGAUGAGGCCAUCAUCAGGACUGCCACGGUGUGGAAGACACUGUCCCCGUUCUGGGGCGAGGAAUACGAGGUGCACCUCCAGCCCACCUUUCACAGCAUCUCCAUCUAUGUCAUGGAUGAGGAUGCGCUCAGCCGCGAUGAUGUUAUCGGGAAGGUCUGCAUCACCCGGGACAUGCUUGUGGAGCACCCCAAGGGAUACAGCGGCUGGAUGAGCCUCAGCGAGGUGGACCCCGAUGAGGAGGUGCAGGGGGAGAUCCACCUGCGGGUGGAGGUGGUGGGGGGCCCGGAAUGGCGGCUGCGCUGUGCUGUGCUGGAGGCCAGGGAUUUGGCCAGGAAGGACAGGAAUGGUGCCUCCGACCCUUUUGUCCGCUUGCGCUACAACGGGAAGACACAGGAGAGCACAGUGGUGAAGAGAUCCUGCUACCCGCGCUGGAACGAGACCUUCGAGUUCGAGCUGGCCGAGCCCGCGGGGGAGAAGCUGUGCGUGGAGGUGUGGGACUGGGACCUGGUGGGCAAGAACGACUUCCUGGGCAAGGUGGUGUUCGGGGUGCAGGGGCUGGCGGAGGCCGGGCAGGAGGAGGGAUGGUUCAGGCUGCGUCCGGACGCGUCCAAGGCGAGGGAGGAUGGGCGCCAAGGCAGCCUGGGCUCGCUGCAGCUGCAGGUGAGGCUGCGGGACGAGACGGUGCUGCCCUCGCACUGCUACCGGCCGCUGGUCCAGCUCCUGUGCCAGGAGGUGAAGUCGGGGCUCCAGGAUGGCCAAGUGCAUCUGGUCACCCUCCUGGAUGAAACCACCACAGCCGAGUGCCGGCAGGAGGUCGCCAUCAGCUUGGUCAAACUCUUCCUGGGCCAAGGGCUGGUCAAGGAGCUCCUGGACCUGCUCUUCGAGUUGGAGCUGGCCAAGCCCUGCGAGCCCAACACUUUGUUCCGGAGCAACUCCCUGGCCUCCAAGUCGAUGGAGUCCUUCCUCAAGGUGACGGGGCUGCCGUACCUGCAUGCUGUGCUGGGCCCUACCAUCAACCGCGUGUUCGAGGAGAGGAAGCACGUGGAGCUGGACCCCGGCAAGGUGGAGACCAAGGAUGUUGGGUGCUCGGGGCUGCACCGGGUGCAGACGGAGGGUGAGGUGAUCGAGCAGGGCCGCCAGCACCUCCAGUCCUACCUGGAGGAGCUGCUGGAUGCCAUCGUCAGGUCGGCUCCCAUGUGUCCCCCCGUUAUCCGCGCUGUGUUCCGGCUGCUCUUCCAGCGCGUCGGGGAGCGCUUCCCACAGCACCAGCACAUCAAGUUCAUGGCCGUCACCAGCUUCCUUUGCCUCCGCUUCUUCUCUCCGGCCAUCAUGACCCCCAAGCUCUUCCACCUGCGGGAUGCUCACGCUGAUGCUCGCACCAGCCGCACGCUGCUGCUGCUGGCCAAGGCCAUCCAGAUGGUGGGCAACAUGGAGCCAGCAGCCGGGCGGGCCAAGGAGCUGUGGUUGGCCCCGCUGCUGCCCACCCUGCAGCAGGGCAUCGCCCGGAUGAAGGACUUCAUCACCCGGCUGGUGGAGAUGGAGGAGGAGGAGGAGGAGGAAGGUGAGGGGCAGCCACUGCCCCCCCCCAGCGCGGUGCUGAAGGAGGGGCUGCUCUUUGUGCACAAGACACGGGGCAAGGGGCCGCUGCUGAGCGCUGCAUCCAAGAAGCUCCACUUCUGCCUCACUGGGGAGAGCCUCAGCUUCAGCAAGAGCCCUGGAGCCGAGCAGAGCGGUGCCAUCGCCCUGCCCGACAUCCUUGCUGCAGAGAAGGUGGAGGAGAAGAGCUUCGGGAGCGCCCACGUCAUGCAGGUGGUUUACAUGGAUGCGGGCGGGCAGCAGGAGACCGCUUACUUGCAGUGCAAGUGUGUGAAUGAGCUCAACCAGUGGCUGUCAGCCCUGCGCAAGGCGUGCGGCAACAACCCCCGUGUGCUCCGUGCCUACCACCCCGGCGUCUUCCGCGGGGACAAGUGGAGCUGUUGCCACCAGAGGGACAGGAUGGGGCCGGGCUGUGACCGGACCCGGCACGGGGUCACCCUGCAGGACUGGAGCGACCCCAUGGACCCUGCGGUGGAGGCGCAGCGCCUGUUCCAUCACCUCCAGGGGCUGCGGGACACCCUCAGGGAAAAGUACUGGGAGCUGCUGGAGGACACCCAAAACGGUCCUCAAGGAGAAGGUGCCCCCCUGCCUGAGGGGCUGCGCCGGCUCUUUGGGGUGCUGGGGGAGCUGGAGAGCUGCCACCGCCAGGCACAGCCCCCAGCCCCCCCCACGCCCACCCUGCUGCAGCUGCAGACAUGAGGGACCCCCCC